ACAUAAUUUGCAAUCAUGGCUAACUACGCCACAAUGCUGCUGUUGCUGGUUAUUGUUUCUUUGAUGGCUGGAGAGGCCAUGGGUGGACCGAUGGGAUCGUCUUCAUCCGGUUACUACACCACUCCGGCGUCCAACUACGCCACCAAGGCUCCUGAGUACUACACAACGAAGGAGGCCGAGUAUUACACUACAACAUAUGCUGCCCCCAGCUACUACACCGAGCCUCCCAAGUACUACACGACCAAAACCCCGGAAUACUACACCACUACGUAUGCUGCUCCCACGUACUACACUGAAGCCCACAAGUACUACUCGGCUCCAAGUUACUACACAGAGGCCCCAGUUUAUUACACCACAACAUACGCUCCUCCAAGUUACUACACCUAGGCACCCAAAUACUACACAAUAAAGGUACCGGAGUACUACACAACGACUUACGCUGC